AUGGCUAAACCAGUUCCUCCAAAAGAAGUGAGUUUUUUUUUUUAAUUUAAUAGUUUAAUAUAUUUAUUCAAAACUUAAAAAUUUCAGGGUAAACCAUUGUGUAAUGUUGAGCACGUUGAAUUUCAAUCAAGAGCUGAUGAUAUUAAAGCAGGGCUUAUCGACACAUUUUUGAAUUUACAACGCAUUGACACAAAUCUGUACAUGUAAGCCUUAUCAAUUUUUCAAGUGCAAAAAAUUCUAGAUAACACGUUUUCUUUGUUUCUUAUAGUGCACGUCAUUUACUCAAAGGCCGACAUUCUUAUAAUGCGGUGUAUGGAGGACAAGUGAGUCAUAAAAUAUGAAAAAAAAAUUGAGGGGUUUGCUUUUUAGGUUGUUGGGCAAUGUUUAGCUGCAGCGGCUGCAACUGUUGAUGACACUUUUAUACCACAUUCAUUGCAUAGUUACUUUAUCAAAACUGGUAAGAACUUUGAAUUUUUUAAUUGAAAAAGAAUUAUCUUUAUUGCGAAAAUUUUAGUCCAGCUUUAUUUGUUUUAUCUAAAAAUCUAAAUCUUUUUGUUUCUAGGAAGCGUUGACAAACCAAUUCUCUACAUGAUUGAUCGAAUUCGAGAUGGCCGAAGUUUUUGUACUCGAGUCGUGAAAGCUGUUCAAGAUGGUGAAGCCAUUUUUUCAUGUCAAAUCAGUUUUCAUCAAAAAGAGCCAGAUGCAAUUGCACAUUCGGCAAAAAUGCCAGUAGUUCCACAACCUGAAGAGCUUUUAGUAUGUUUACUUUAUAGGAACUAAAGAUUGAAAAAGUCAUCGUAUUUUUAGCCAGCGCGUGAUGCAGCUUUGCAAUUAUUAGAGAAAGAUGGUGUUGAUUCAAUUUCUGCUGAAGUGAUCAAACGAGCUUUGAAAGAGAUACCAGAUGCAUUUGAAAGAGUUUUUGAUGUUCGUCCUGCAUAUCCAGAUAAAUAUUUGUUGAAAGAGGAGUGUGAACCAUAUUCAGUUAUUUGGAUUCGUGCUCGAGAAGAUCUCGGUGAGCAAAAAUCAUUUUUUUUUGAAAUAUUAUAGCAUAAGAUCGUUUCCUUGUUGAUGUGACCUCAAUCGACCUUUCACAUAAAAAAAAAACAAAAAAAAAACAAAAGUGUUUUGCAGGCGAUGAUCAUCGACUUCAUCAAUGUGUUGCUGCUUAUUUGACUGAUCUUAGUAUGUUGAACACAGCUGUCAGACCACAUGUUCGAGAAGGUUUUAUUCCUUCAAUGUCAUUUUCACUCGAUCAUUGUGUCUGGAUUCAUGAGAAUACAUUUAGAACUGAUGAAUGGAUGUUGUAUGAAACAAAAAGUAGUAAAGCAGGUCAAUAUUAAUUAAAGUUUCAUGUGUAAAUGUUCAUAAUUUAGGUGGAAGUCGUGCAUUCAUUGAAGGAAGAUUAUGGACAAAAGAUGGACGAUUGGUGAUUUCUACAGCACAAGAAGCACUUGUUCGAGCUCCAAAGUAUUAG